CUCUCUCUCUCUAAGCAGUUUCUGGCUAUCUACAAAGGAAACAGAUGGUGUGAAUGGUUUGUAUUGGUCAAUUUAUUUUUAUCACUGUGUAUAUUUUUCUCUUUUUAUCACUGUCACUGGUAGAAGAGCACGCAACAAUACCUUAGUUUCCCCCUUCAAUCCAAUUACUUGUCUAGUUUCUUUCCUGUAAACCUAAUUAGAAAAGUAGGGACUUGAGCGACGAACCAACUUCGAAAAGAGACACGAAUCUUGGACUCUAUAUAAGUUCGCAUUGUUGUCUGAUAUUGGAGACCCAACACUCUUUUCAUUCUCAUACUAAACUUCCUUCUCAUGGAUUUGUCAGCAUCAUCCUCUUCCUUCAGCUAUGAAUUCAACUACGAUGUGUUCCUCAGCUUCAGAGGCACUGACACACGUUACGGUUUUACUGGCAAUCUCUACAAAGCUCUUUGUGAUAAGGGAAUUCGCACCUUCAUUGAUGACGAGGAGCUUCAGAGAGGGGAUGAAAUCACACCAUCACUUGUCAAAGCCAUUGAAGAGUCCAGGAUUGCUAUCACUGUGCUCUCUGACAACUAUGCAUCUUCUUCAUUUUGCUUAGACGAACUUUCCAACAUCAUUCACUCCAUUAAGGGAAAGGGUCGGUUGGUUUUGCCGGUUUUUUAUGACGUGGAUCCUUCAGAUGUGAGACAUCAGAGAGGGACUUAUGGUGAAGCAUUGGCUAGCCAUGAGGAAAGGUACUUCAAUGAGAACAAGGAGAAGGUGCAUAAUUGGAGGAAUGCUCUGCAUUCAACAGCUAACUUGUCUGGCUUCCAUUUCAAGCAUGGGGAUGGAUACGAAUAUGAGUUUAUUGGGAGGAUUGUCAAAGAGGUCUCCAACAAGAUUAAUCGUGUUCCUUUACAUGUUGUGGAUUACCCAGUUGGACUAGAGUCACGAGUGCUACAUGUAAAGUCGCUUCUGGAUGUUGGAUAUGAUGAUGGGGUCCACAUGGUAGGGAUCUAUGGUAUAGGUGGUAUUGGUAAAACCACACUUGCUCGAGCUGUUUAUAAUUUGAUUGCUGACCAAUUUGAUGGUUUAUGUUUUCUUCAUGAUGUGAGAGAAAAUUCAGUUAAACAUGGCUUAGAACAUCUCCAAGAGACGCUCCUUUCUAAAAUAGUUCAAUUAAACAUUAAGAUAGGAGAUGUCAAUGAAGGAGUUCCAAUAAUAAGGCAAAGAUUGUGCCAAAAGAAGGUUCUUUUGGUUCUUGAUGAUGUUGAUGGAUUGAAGCAAUUACACGCUAUUGUUGGAAGACCUGAUUGGUUUGGUCCUGGUAGCAGAGUCAUCAUCACAACUCGGAACAGCCAGUUACUAGCAUGUCAUGACGUGAAAAGGACAUAUGAGGUGAAGGAGUUGAAUCAGAAAGAUGCUCUUGAAUUGCUUCAAUGGAAAGCUUUUAAAACUGACAAGGUUAGUCCAAGUUAUGUGGAUGUUAUAAACCGUGCAAUAACUCAUGCUUCUGGCCUUCCACUCGCUUUAGAAGUAAUAGGUUCCAACUUGUUUGGAAAAAGUAUAGAAGAAUGGAAAUCUGCAUUAUGUCUGUAUGAAAGAGUUCCUAAUGCAGAGAUCCAAAAGGUACUUAAAGUAAGCUUUGAUGCUUUGGAGAAAGAAGAGAAGGGUGUUUUUCUUGACAUUGCUUGUUGCUUCAAAGGCUUUGGAUUGAUGGAGGUGGAGAAUAUACUUCAUGCUCACCACGGUCACUGCAUGACAUAUCACCUUGGAGUGUUGGUUGAAAAGUCUCUCAUAAACAUUAAGUAUGGUGUGUUGACACUUCAUGACUUGAUAGAGGACAUGGGUAAGGAAAUUGUCCGACAGGAGUCACCUAAAGAGCCUGGGAAACGCAGUAGAUUGUGGUUCCAUGAAGAUAUAGUUCAAGUUCUAGAAGACAAUACGGGAACUAGUAAUAUUGAAAUCAUAUAUCUAGAUUUCCCAAAUUUCGAAGAUUUAGUGAAGUGGGAUGGAAAGGCCUUCAAGAAGAUGAUAGGGCUAAAAACACUUAUUAUUUUAAAUGGUCAAUUUUCGGAAGGUCCUAAACAAUUUCCAAACAGUUUGAGAGUGCUAGAAUGGUGGGGAUUUCCUUCACAGUCUUUACCAUCUAAUUUUCAUCCAAGGAGACUUGCCAUACUCAGAUGUUUGAAUUUCCUGUGUUGUAAAUUUAUAAAAGAGAUACCUGAUGUAUCUGGUGUCCCAAACUUAGAAGAAAUAUCACUUGCAAACUGUGGGAAUUUAACUAAAAUUCAUGAAUCGGUUGGAUUCUUGGAUAAACUUAGAAUCUUGAAUGCUUUUGGUUGCGACAAGCUUAGGAGUUUUCCACCUUGCAUCAAGUUGACCUCUCUUGAAGUACUGAAUCUUUCAUGUUGCAAGAGUCUUGAGAGUUUCCCAGAAGUAUUAGGAGAGAUGGAAAAAAUAACAAUGCUUUGGUUUUAUGACACUCCCAUAAAAAAUUUUCCAUUUUCAAUUCGAAAUCUUAUUCGGCUACAAAAGGUGGAACUCGUUCCUUGUAGACUGGGUCAGAUAGAACUCUCAAGCAGCAUUUGCAUGUCACCAGAACUUGAGGAGUUGGAAGUUCGGCAUUGUAAAGGGUUGCAAUUAUCUGAACAGGAUGAUAGCGAAGAGAAACUCAGCUCAAACGUGAAAAUGCUUUGUCUCAAAGGCUGCAUGAUGUCAAAUGAAUCCCUUCAAAUAGGUCUCGCUUGGUUUGCCAACGUGAAAGAGUUAGACUUGUCUAAGAGUAAUUUCACAAUUCUUCCGGCAUGCAUCAAAGAGUUCCACUUUUUGAGGAAACUAUACUUGGAUAAUUGCAAUAAUCUUCAAGAAAUUGGAGGAAUUCCACCCAACUUGGAAAUUCUCUCUGCCAAAAACUGCACAUCCUUGACUUCCCAGUGUAGAAGCAUGUUCAUGAAUAAGGAAAUGCAUGAGGCUGGAGGCAAGAAGUUUUGCUUACCUGCAACGAAUAUUCCCGAGUGGUUCGAGCAUCAGAGGAGGCGACUUCCAAUUUCUUUCUGGUUUCGCAACAAAUUCCCUGCCAUAUCUCUCUUUCUUGUUGCUGAAUUAACUCCCCACCUCCAAUUGAUCCUCAAUGGAGAGAAAUAUGAGCCAUUUAUUAUUCCGAGUCGUUCUAAAGGUGUCCCAAAUGAUCAUAUAGUAAUUUCUGAUCUAAAACGUUUAUUCUUUGAUGAGGACGAGGACGAGGAUGAGGGUGAGGAUGAGAUGCUUUUAGAAAAUGAAUGGAAUCAUUUGGUGCUUUCUAUUGAUAUUGAUCAUGAAUUUGAACGGAAGCCCAUCAAUCCGGUGUUGAGCUUACAUAUUGGAUUCCACGUAUUCAAAGAGAAAAGUAGCAUGGAGGAUAUCAGAUUCAACGACCCUUAUAUCAGCAUGUUGCUAGGAGAAAAGCAUAGACUGGACACGCUAGUUUCUGAGAUGCAUACAAGUAGCACCACCAGUGUUCCAGAUACCGAUUCCGGCAGAAAAUUUGUAGGUCCUCUAAUAGAAACACACCAAGAACCUGUUGUUACAAGAACCUAUGAGGACCAUGACCGAGAGCUAAUGCUUCUGAAGAAAGGAAAAAGAAAAUUAGAUGAGAAUGGAAAUCUUGCGCUGGAAUCAUGUACCGUUGCACCAACUGAAGCAGAGAACAGUUUUCAGUCACUUCUGCAAGACACACUAGAGUUUCUCUCUCGUUACUAUGAUGGUAGUGAAAUAACCCAGGAAGAGUUGCCUCUUCUGUUACAACCGAGACAUUCUGCAUUGAUGAAAGAUACUCUAGAGUACCUCCUCAGUUUGCGAACGGAUGCAGUUUCUCAUGGAAAAAACAUUGAAAUACUGGAACUUUUAGAAAUUUUUGCUCAGUUGAGUUUGGAUUAUAAAAAUGCAAGGCUGAAAUGUGAGUUAACAGCUGCUGUUCUAUCAAAAGCUAAAAAAGUUAAAAAGGAUAUUGAAGCUAAUGUUGAAGACUUGGGAGAAGUGGAGACAUUGGAAAACUAUUUCAACAAUCAGUUGGCCUGUUUGCAGGAAAGGAAUGGAGAACUAGAAGAGCAGAUCAAAGACAUAAAAGCUGAGAUUUCAUAUUUGACACAAGACACAGACGCUAUUGCUAGCAAUAAAAGAUUGCCUCAAGCUGAAAGCGAUGACUGGAGCAACCAAGUGACAAGGCUGAAGGUUGAGCUGGACUUGGCAGAGGAAACACAAGCUAAUAUUGAAGAGGAUUGGUUCCAAUAUGGAGAAUAUUUAAUUGACAUCAUGUAUAGUGAGAGUGAGAGUGAAAGUGAGAGUGAAACCUGUGAGACCUGUGAGUGUGAGAGUGAGAGUAUGAUGGCCAAAUUUUGGAGACCCAACACUCUAUUCAUUCUCAUACUAAACUUCCUUCUCAUGGAUGUGUCACUAUCAUCCUCUUCCUUCAGCUAUGAAUUCAACUACGAUGUGUUCCUCAGCUUCAGAGGCACUGACACACGUUACGGUUUUACUGGCAAUCUCUACAAAGCUCUUUGUGAUAAGGGAAUUCGCACCUUCAUUGAUGACGAGGAGCUUCAGAGAGGGGAUGAAAUCACACCAUCACUUGUCAAAGCCAUUGAAGAGUCCAGGAUUGCUAUCAUUGUGCUCUCUGACAACUAUGCAUCUUCUUCAUUUUGCUUAGACGAACUUUCCAACAUCAUUCACUCCAUUAAGGGAAAGGGUAGGUUGGUUUUGCCGGUUUUUUAUGACGUGGAUCCUUCAGAUGUGAGACAUCAGAGAGGGACUUAUGGUGAAGCAUUGGCUAGCCAUGAGGAGAGGUUCAAUGAGAACAAGGAGAAGGUGCAUCAUUGGAGGAAGUCUCUGCAUUUAGCAGCUAACUUGUCUGGCUUCCGUUUCAAGCAUGGGUACCCUCUCCGUCCUUUUUCCUUAAUUUAUUUGGAUGGAUACGAAUAUGAGUUUAUUGGGAGGAUUGUCAAAGAGGUCUCCAACAAGAUUAACCGUGUUCCUUUACAUGUUGCUGAUUACCCAGUUGGACUAGAGUCACGAGUGCUACAUGUAAAGUCGCUUCUGGAUGUUGGAUCUGAUGAUGGCGUCCACAUGGUAGGGAUCUAUGGUAUAGGUGGUAUUGGUAAAACCACACUUGCUCGAGCUGUUUAUAAUUUGAUUGCUGACCAAUUUGAUGGUUUAUGUUUUCUUCGUGAUGUGAGAGAAAAUUCAGUUAAACAUGGCUUAGAACAUCUCCAAGAGACGCUCCUUUCUAAAGUAGUUAAAUUAAACAUUAAGAUAGGAGAUGUCAAUGAAGGAGUUCCAAUAAUAAGGCAAAGAUUGUGCCAAAAGAAGGUUCUUUUGGUUCUUGAUGAUGUUGAUGGAUUGAAGCAAUUACACGCUAUUGUUGGAAGACCUGAUUGGUUUGGUCCUGGUAGCAGAGUCAUCAUCACAACUCGGAACAGCCAGUUACUAGCAUGUCUUGACGUUAAAAGGACAUAUGAGGUGAAGGAGUUGAAUCAGAAAGAUGCUCUUGAAUUGCUUCAAUGGAAAGCUUUUAAAAUUGACAAGGUUAGUCCAAGUUAUGUGGAUGUCAUAAACCGUGCAGUAACUCAUGCUUCUGGCCUUCCACUCGCUUUAGAAGUAAUAGGUUCCAACUUGUUUGGAAAAAGUAUAGAAGAAUGGAAAUCUGCAUUAUGUCUGUAUGAAAGAGUUCCUAAUGCAGAGAUCCAAAAGGUACUUAAAGUAAGCUUUGAUGCUUUGGAGGAAGAAGAGAAGAGUGUUUUUCUUGACAUUGCUUGUUGCUUCAAAGGGUUUGAAUUGGUGGAAGUGGAGAAUAUACUUCAUGCUCACCACGGUCACUGCAUGACAUAUCACCUUGGAGUCUUGGUUGAAAAGUCUCUCAUAAACAUUAUGUGUGGUGUGUUGACACUACAUGACUUGAUAGAGGACAUGGGUAAAGAAAUUGUCCGACAGGAGUCGCCUAAAGAGCCUGGGAAACGUAGUAGAUUGUGGUUCCAUGAAGAUAUAGUUCAAGUUCUAGAAGACAAUAUGAAGUUCGUAAAUUUAAGAGAUUUGAGUUUCGAGGGUUGUAAAUUUAUAAAAGAGAUACCUGAUGUCUCUGGUGUCCCAAAUUUAGAAGAAAUAUCAGUUAGACAAUGUGACAAUUUAAUUAAAAUUCAUGAAUCGGUUGGAUUCUUGGAUAAACUUAGAAUCUUGGAUGCUUGGGGUUGCGACGAGCUUAGGAGUUUUCCACCUUGCAUCAAGUUGACCUCUCUUGAAGUACUAGAACUUUCGCAUUGCAAGAGUCUUGAGAGUUUCCCAGAAGUACUAGGAGAGAUGGAAAAAAUAACAGAGUUUUUUUUAUUUGGCACUCCCAUAAAAAAAUUUCCAUUUUCAAUUCGAAAUCUUACUCGGCUACAAAAGGUGGAACUCUUUCGAUGCGGACUGGGUCAGAUAGAACUCUCAAGCAGCAUUUUCAUGUCACCAGAACUUGAGGAGUUGGAAGUUUCGCAAUGUGAAAGGUUGCAAUUAUCUGAACAGGAUGUUAGCGAAGAGAAACUCAGCUCAAACGUGAAAAUUCUUCGUCUCAAUGAAUGCAUGAUGUCUGAUGAAUCCCUUCAAAGAGGUCUCUCUUGGUUUGCCAACGUGAAAGAGUUAGACCUGUCUCAGAGUAAUUUCACAAUUCUUCCGGCAUGCAUCAAAGAAUUUCACUUUUUGAGGAAACUCUGCUUGGAUGAUUGCAAUAAUCUUGAAGAAAUUGGAGGAAUUCCACCCAACAUGGAAAUUCUCUCUGCCAAAAACUGCACAUCCUUGACUUCCCAGUGUAGAAGCAUGUUAAUGAAUAAGGAAUUGCACGAGGCUGGAGGCAAGAUGUUUUACUUACCUGCAACGAAUGUUCCCGAGUGGUUCGAGCAUCAGAGGAGGCGACUUCCAAUUUCUUUAUGGUUUCGCAACAAAUUCCCUGCCAUAUCUCUCUUUCUUAAUGCUGAAUUAGAUCCCCACAUCCAAUUGAUCGUCAACGGAAAGAAAUAUCGGCCAUUUAUUAAUCAUAGUCGUUCUGUCCAUUACCCAAAUGAUCAUAUAGUAAUUUCUGAUCUAAAACAGACAUUCUUUAAUGAUUUUCCGUUUGAUUUUCUGUUUUUACUACAUGAAUGGAAUCAUUUGGUGCUUUCUAUUUAUAUUGAUCAUGAAUUUGGACGGAAGCCCAAUCGUUCGUUGAUGGAACAGACGUUAUUCUACGUAUUGGAUGGAUUAGGUAGCACGGAGGAUAUCCGAUUCAACGACCCUUAUAUCAGCAUGUCCAUCAGUCCUUUGUUGAGCUUACAUAUUGGAUUCCACAUAUUCAAAGAAAAAACAAGCAUGAAGGAUAUCCGAUUCAACGACCCUUAUAUCAGCAUGUUGCUAGGAGAGAAGCAUAGACUGGACACGCUAGUUGCUCAGAUGAAAACAAGUAGCACCAACAGUGUUCGAGAUACCGAUUCCAGCAGAAAAUUUCUAUGUCCUCUAAUAGAAACACCCCAAGAACCCGUUGUUACAAGUGCCCAUGAGGACCAUGACCGAGAGCUAAUGCUCCUGAAGAAGGGAAAAGGAAAAUUAGAUGAGAAUGGAAAUCUUGCGCUGGAAUCAAGUACCAUUGCACCAACUGAAGCAGAGACCAGUUUUCUGUCGCAUCUGCUAGACACUCGAGAGUUUCUCUUUCGUUGCUGUGAUAAAAUCCAGGAAGUAAGAAUGUUCAAAAAAAAUAUAAAAAUAAAAACCCAGGAAGCAUUGCCUCUUCUGUUACAACCCAGACAUUCUGCAUUGAUGAAAGAUACUCUAGAUUACCUCCUCAGUUUGCCAAUGGAUGCAGUUUCUCAUACAAAAAAAAUUGUAAUACUGGAACUUUCAGAAUUGUUUGCUCAGUUGAGUUUGGAUUAUAAAAAUGCAAGGCUGAAACAUGAGUUAACAGCUGCAGUUCUAUCCAAAGCUAACAAAGUUAAAAAGGAUAUUGAAGCUAAUGUGAAAGACUUGGGAGAAGUGGAGACAUUGGAAAACUAUUUCAACAAUCAGUUGGCCUGUUUGCAGGAAAAGAAUGGAGAACUAGAAGAGCAGAUCAAAGACAUAAAAGCUGAGAUUGUAUAUUUGACACAAGAGACAGACGCUAUUGUUAGCAAUAAAAGAUUGCCUGAAGCUGAAAGUGAUGACUUGAGUGCAGCUGAAAGUGAUGACUUGAGUGCAGCUGAAAGUGAUGACUUGAGUGAAGCUGAAAGUGAUGACUUGAGUGCAGCUGAAAGUGAUGACUUGAGUGCAGCUGAAAGUGAUGACUUGUGUGAAGCUGAAAGUGAUGACUUGUGUGAAGCUGAAAGUGAUGACUUGAGUGCAGCUGAAAGUGAUGACUUGAGUGAAGCUGAAAGUGAUGACUUGAGUAAAGCUGAAAGUGAUGACUUGAGGAACCAAGUGACAAGGCUGAAGGUUGAGCUGGUCCGGGCAGAGGAAACACAAGCUAAUAUUGAAGCAGAUUGGUUCCGAUUUGGAAAAUAUUUAAUUGACAUGAUUAUGAUCGAGUGGGUGUCAAAACCUGUGACGUGUGAGAGAGAGACCUGCGUGCUGGGUGGUGGUUCUGAUUGAAACAUGUAUAUACUUUGUUCUUGCAUAAAAUGUAGAGUUUUUAGAUAAGUGAAUAACACUUUGGGAGUAACAUAUUACCUGUAACUCAGAUACAAUACCUUUGAGCCACGAGGCUUCUUUUACUUCUUCUGUUAUUGCCACAUAUUCUGUUUCCUUGGUUGACAAUGCUAUUAUAAGUUGGAGAUUAAACUUCCGACUAACCACAUUCCCACCAAUAGUGAAUAUAUACCCGAUUAGAGACCUUAUCUUAUCACGGUCAACAGCAUAGUCAGAGUCACAAAGCCUUUAACUGCAAAACCAUCAGAUUCUUUUGCGUCAAAAUGUAAACAGAAAUUACAAAUACCAUUCAAAUACCUAAACACCCACUUAUCAGCAUUCCAAUGUAGUUUGCAAGGUUUACACUCAAGCCUACUAAGUACAUGAUAGGAUCCAAAUAACAGAUUUGGGAAAAAAGAAAAAAUACAGAAAAGAAACCACUGGUAUAAUAUUGAUUGAACAAUACAAGAUUAUAUGAUGGCAUUCAUUCUAAGGCAGGUCAUAGACAUUCUAUGUGGAAUCACUUGCAGAAUGUCUUCCACCACAAAAAUAAGCAUGGGGUGCUAACAAAACAAAAAGUUGAGAAGACAAGGAGAAGGAGAGGGGCUAUUACUAAAGUGUUGGCUUGUUGCCUCACACAAACCAGGUUGGGCAGUUUCACAGACCUGUGGAAGGGCUCCUGAGACACAUCCGGCAUUCGAAGAAACCAAAUCCUUCCAAGCUUGGUGGGGUGAAAGGAUCAAGGUAUACCCCCACAUGGACAUAGUCUGAAGAAGCUGCAUUGGUGGCAAAUCCUUCGCCGACACCGGGGUGUGAAACUGAAAAACAGAGGCCAAGUUAAA